AGAACAUGGAGAUGCAGUCACAUGAUCAAAAAAUGGCGCCUUCCGGUGGUUCGAGGGACAAACCCAUAAAAUCAGAAAGUAAACAAUCAAUUGUGUCCAAACCAGACGAGGAAUACGUUGUGUAUGCACAAAGAUGGUUCAUUCUUCUUGUUAUUGUAAUUCUAAAUUUAUCAAAUGCUAUGACAUGGAUUACAUUCUCCCCUAUUGCUGACCUCACCAGUACAUAUUAUGAUGUGAAUGCAUUCAAGGUGAAUAUACUCUCCCUGAUCUUCAUGGUGGCAUCUGUUCCUUUUGGUUUCACUGCUUCCUGGGUUCUGGACACUUAUGGACUGCGUGCUAGUAUACUUUUGUCUGCCUGGUUGAAUGGUAUUGGAAAUCUUUUGAGAAAUGUGAGUACAUUUGGAGGUAUACCAGGUGACCUCAGGUUCUGGAUUUUGCUGGCAGGACAGACUUUGGCAGCCAUUUCUCAGCCUUUUGUUAUGUUUGCGCCAACCAAGCUGGCAGCUAUGUGGUUUAUGGACUCGCAAAGAGCAACAGCGAACAUGUUGGCAUCCAUGGCUAAUCCACUAGGAAUUUUAUCAGCCAAUUUGAUAGCACCUGCAAUGGUUAAUGGAUGCAACUCGGAGGAACUUCCCAGAGCCCUAUGGGUGAUAUCAGCGCCAGCUUUUUUGGUAGUUUUCAUGGCAACUUUUGGAGUUUGUUCGUCCGUCCCUCCCACUCCUCCCACAGCCAGUGCAGAGGAGGAUUCAGAACCAUUUAAAGAGGGACUGAAAAAGAUUGUGAAGAGCAGAAACUACUGGGUAUUGUGUCUAAGUUUUGGCACAGGUUUAGCUGUUUUCUCAGCAGUUACAUCAUUCCUUGACCAAGUUUUGUGCCCAAGAGGAUAUUCCAAUGACUUUGCGGGAUUGUGUGGAGCUUUAAUGAUCGUAGGUGGUGUGGUGGGAGCCAUUGUUGCAGGGAUCUAUGUAGACAAAACCAAACGAUUUGAAGAAGUUGUCAAGGUGUCUUAUGCAAUAGCAGUGGUAUUUGGAGUUGGAUUUUUUGAGAUGGCCAGAUAUAAAGAUCAAGAAAUACUCAUAGCAGUGAUGGUGACAGCAUUUGGAACUUUCGCUUUUGCCAUGUAUCCAAUAUCUAUGGAAUUAGCAGUAGAAAUUACAUACCCUGUUGCCGAGGCAACAAGCUCAGGUCUAUUAAUUGUGUCAGGACAAAUCCAAGGGAUCAUCAUUAUUCUUGUGACCCAGUUCCUGACCCAGCCUCUCUCUGAUUCCCAGUUGGCUGACUCAGCAUGUGCACAAGGAUCUGGUUGCAGCAGUAGUAAGUCAGAUUCCUUCACACCUCAAGACUGGACAGUACCAGGGCUUUUUAUGAAUGCCUUAACUGCAGUAGCUGCAUGUUCUGUGAUUUUAUUUAUGAAAGGAGACUACAAAAGACUUAAAGCAGAGAAACAGUUAAAUGCUCAGCGAGUCUUAAACCAGAGCUUAAGUAAUGUAAUAGAUGUCACAGUGGACGUUAACAUAAGGGACGUCAACACGAGGGAGAAUGUGACUUAAGUGUCCACUUGCUUUCAAAUUUUCAGGGGAUAUAAUUCAGGAGCGACAGGGAAUAGAUGUAGUGCCAAUUGCUGCCUGGUGUAUGUGUGUGUGCCAGUUGGAGAAUUUUCAUCAGAGAGACUCAAAGAUUUAGUUUUUCUGUGAUAAAAUUGUUUCCUUUGAAUCAAAGGAAUGUCAGACAUGGGAUUUUUUUUUUUUCACUUCUUACAUUAUUCAUAAUGUUUUUUAUCUAGACUUUGUAUUUGGUUUUUGUU